GAGCCGCCUUGAUCAUCAAACCACCUACGCUUAUUUGAAACCAAUAAGCACCGCCUCUGGUUUCCCCAGAUGCUUGCUAAACCACCAUUGUUUUCCACCUUUUUCUUUACUAUUGCUCCACAUUAUUCACCCAAAAAGUCUAAACAAACAUAAAAUAAUCACACAGUUGCCUCCUUUAGUCCUUUGCGACGAACAAUACCGCUCCACAAAUCAAACACUAAAUUCUACACUGUCUUCUCCUCGUAAACUGCCCACAGUGUUCAGUUCCUUGAAAGCUAACAACAAAUCUCAACCUCUCCUAUAAAUCCACCCCUCAACUCUGCCACCUUUCCACCUGCAAACGAAUCAAUAUUCUCAAAAACUGAUCGAUAAAUGGAAGCUAGUAACGUGAUCCGCGCCGCCGCCGUUACCCCUGCUCCCGCCGCCGCCGCCACAUCGUGUGGAACGCUGGGGCGCUACCUGGCACGGCGGCUGGUUCAGAUAGGCGUGAGCGACGUGUUCGCAGUCCCCGGAGACUUCAACCUAGCCCUGCUCGACCACCUCAUAGACGAGCCGGGGCUGAAGCUGGUCGGCUGCUGCAACGAGCUGAACGCGGGGUACGCCGCCGAUGGGUACGCGCGCGCCAGGGGAGUCGGCGCCUGCGCCGUGACGUUCACGGUGGGCGGCCUCAGCGUGCUCAACGCCAUCGCAGGGGCCUACAGUGAGAACCUUCCCGUCAUCUGCAUCGUCGGCGGCCCUAAUUCCAACGAUUAUGGAACUAAUCGGAUCCUGCAUCACACCAUCGGCCUGCCGGAUUUCAGCCAGGAGCUCCGCUGUUUCCAGACCAUCACUUGUGCUCAGGCUGUAAUCAAUAACUUGGAUGAUGCGCAUGAGUUGAUAGAUACGGCGAUUUCGACUGCUUUGAAGGAAAGUAAGCCGGUGUAUAUAAGCAUAAGCUGCAAUUUGCCAGGAAUUCCUCACCCCACUUUUGCAAGAGAACCUGUCCAAUUUUCACUCGCACCAAAGGUGAGCAAUGAGCUUGGUCUUGAAGCAGCUGUGGAAGCAACAGCUGAGUUUCUGAACAAAGCUGUUAAGCCAGUGAUCAUAGGAGGUCCAAAGCUAAGGGUUUGCAAGUCGCAAGGGGCUUUAGUGGAACUUGCAGAUGCUUGUGGCUAUCCAAUAGCCGUGAUGCCCUCGGGGAAAGGGCUUUUCCCCGAGCAGCACCCGCACUUCAUCGGGACUUACUGGGGCGCGGUCAGCACCAGCUUCUGUGGCGAGAUUGUGGAAUCUGCUGAUGCAUAUGUCUUUGUUGGCCCUAUCUUCAACGACUACAGCUCGGUUGGCUACUCGUUGUUGAUAAAGAAGGAGAAAUCUGUGAUCGUGCAGCCAAACCGCGUCACAGUAGGCAACGGCCCUUCCUUUGGUUGGGUUUUCAUGACAGAUUUCCUCACUGCAUUGACCAAAAGGCUCAAGAAAAACAGCACGGCCAUGGAGAAUUACCGGAGGAUAUAUGUCCCUCCCGGCAUUGCCUUAAGACGCGAUAAAGAUGAGCCCUUGAGAGUCAACAUUCUCUUCAACCACAUACAGGAAAUGCUGAGUGGCAAUAGUGCAGUGAUUUCAGAGACAGGAGACUCAUGGUUCAAUUGUCAAAAGCUUAGCCUCCCAGAAAAUUGCGGAUAUGAGUUUCAGAUGCAGUAUGGAUCAAUUGGGUGGUCAGUUGGAGCAACUCUUGGCUACGCUCAGGCUGCUAAAGAUAAGCGCGUCAUUGCCUGCAUAGGCGAUGGAAGUUUCCAGGUGACAGCUCAAGAUAUUUCUACCAUGAUAAGAUGUGGACAGAAGAGCAUCAUAUUCCUCAUUAACAAUGGAGGAUAUACUAUUGAAGUCGAGAUUCAUGAUGGCCCCUACAAUGUGAUCAAGAACUGGGACUACACAGGCCUUGUGGAUGCUAUUCACAAUGGACAAGGCAAAUGCUGGACUGCCAAGGUGAAAACGGAAGAUGAGUUGGUGGAAGCCAUAGCAAUGGCGACAGGCACGCACAAGGAAUCCCUGUGUUUCAUUGAAAUAUUUGUUCACAAGGAUGACACUAGCAAAGAAUUGCUGGAAUGGGGAUCUCGUGUUUCUGCUGCUAAUAGUCGACCUCCCAAUCCGCAGUAGAUCAUGGGACUUCACUCUAUCAUAUGCUCAAAACUAAUUUAUAUUGCUUUUCUGUAAUUAAUUUCUCAACUGUGUCUCGUUUUUUUGCUUCUUCAGUUUUCAACUAGUGAAAUAAAAUAAGAUAGUAUUAGCAUCU